CCCGCCGGCCCAGGACUGCGGCCACGUCUGAAAGCUCCUCAUUGUCUGUGCUGGGGCAGGCAGCGCGGUGCAGCGCCGUGCGCCACUAGUGGCCGCACAGGUAGUGCAAGACGCAGGGCACUGUGCCGGGCACGGGAGGGGGUCACUGCGCCCCAGUCCUUACGUGUCGUAGCUCCAAGACACCGCACCCGCAACAUCCCCUUCUGAGACGCUCGCCGUUUCAAGAUUCACUCCGCCUUCUCCAGUAGCUUGGGACACCCUAACUCUCCUGUCCAUGCCUCCUAGAGCCCCCUCCUCGCUGUCACCGCGUGCCCUGCAAUACUUUCAGGACCCCAAGAAGCAAUUCAGCCCCUGCGGACUCGCCUAGUGAAGAGAACGAGCUGGCUGUGCUGUGGAACUUGGAACAGCCGUCUGGGAGGCGUCGCUGAGGCCCGAGAGAGAGAGGUGUCUUCCUCCCUGUUGCACCAGGUCAGGUGGAGACUCCAAGCUUUGGGGCGCUGACGGACCUCCAGACCACUCCCAUGGAUUUGUGAUCAGCGUGGGCCACUCUCCCAGGAGGCGUGGACAGCGGCCCCCAGGCCGGCAGCAUGUGGCUACCGCGUGUGUCCAACUCGGCGGUGACCGCACUCCUGCUGGCACAGACCUGCCUCCUGCUCUUUCUGGUCUCCCGGCCAGGGCCGUCGUCCCCAUCGGGCAGCGAGGAGCGAGUGCACGUGCUGGUGCUGUCCUCGUGGCGGUCGGGCUCGUCCUUCGUGGGCCAGCUCUUCAGCCAGCACCCUGAUGUCUUCUAUCUGAUGGAGCCCGCUUGGCACGUGUGGUCCGCCCUGUCGCACGGCAGCGCUUCCGCGCUACACAUGGCCGUGCGCGACCUGGUGCGCUCCGUCUUCCUGUGCGACAUGGACGUGUUCGACGCCUACAUGCCCUGGCGCCGCAGCCACAACCUAUCCGACCUCUUCCAGUGGGCGGUGAGCCGUGCGCUGUGCUCGCCGCCGGCCUGCAGCGCCUUCCCCCGCGGCGCCAUCAGCAGCGAGGCCGUGUGCAAGCCGCUGUGCGCGCGCCGGCCCUUCAGCCUGGCGCAGGAGGCCUGCCGCUCCUACAGCCACGUGGUGCUCAAGGAGGUGCGCUUCUUCAACCUGCAGGUGCUCUACCCGUUGCUCCGCGACCCCGCGCUCAACCUGCGCAUCGUGCACCUGGUGCGCGACCCGCGGGCCGUGCUGCGCUCUCGCGAGCAGACGGUCAAGGCUCUGGCGCGCGACAACGGCAUCGUGCUGGGCACCAACGGCACCUGGGUGGAGGCCGACCCCGGCCUGCGCGUGGUGCGCGAGGUGUGCCGCAGCCACGUGCGCAUCGCUGAGGCGGCCACGCUGAAGCCGCCGCCCUUCCUGCGCGGCCGCUACCGCCUGGUGCGCUUCGAGGACCUGGCGCGGGAACCGCUGGAAGAGAUCCGUGCGCUCUACGCCUUCGCCGGCCUGAGCCUCACGCCGCAGCUCGAGGCCUGGAUCCACAACAUCACGCACGGUACCGGACCCGGCGCGCGCCGCGAAGCCUUCCAGACCUCGUCCAGGAACGCGCUCAACGUCUCCCAGGCCUGGCGCCACGCGCUGCCCUUCUCCAAGAUCCGCCGCGUGCAGGAGCUGUGCGCGGGGGCGCUGCAGCUGCUGGGCUACCGGCCGGUGUACUCUGACGACGAGCAGCGCGACCUGGCCCUGGAUCUGGUGCUGCCACGCGGCCCGAGCAGCUUCAGCUGGGCAUCGUCCGCCGGCGCGCACCGGGUGCCUUAGUCUAGGGGCCAACAGCGACAACGAGAGGUUUUUGCAAGGUAGGAAGUCCUUCCUGCUAAUUAUUUUCUCCCAUGGAGGUAAGACCAGAGAACCUGGCCUGCCCAGAUAUGUAUGUGUCACCGGCCCCAGCAGAUGCCUUGAAGUUCUCCAAUCGGUGAUGUGAAUUCCUUUCUUCCAAGCAGAGUGAUCAAAGCAGUCUGAUCUGGGUCACCAUGUGUUUAUGAGCUGGUGAACAUUUAAGGAGAAUAUGACUUAAUUGGGCACAUAUACCCAGCCACGAACUUGUGAUUGUGAUGCAUGCAGCUGGAAAGCCUGUAUGUUUCGACAUUGUCAUCUUCAUUUCCUACAGUUGAAAUUCCUGAUCACUGCUGUGCAACCUAGCUUCAUUCUGAAAGUAUUUUUGUUCUUUUUUUUUUAUUUCUACAUAUUAUGGGGGUACAGAUUUUAAGGUUUCAAUAAA